AACGAAUCCAAAUUUGCCUUUUUUUAAAAUUUUUUUUUCUGCUUUAAUCGUAUUCCCAAUAUUUUUUCAUAUUGAUAGAUAUAAGGAAAAGAAAUUAAUUCGGUAGCUUAGGACUUUGGAAUGGAUCCAAGUGUGCUGUUCUUUUUUUUUUUUAAAAAAGCAACAACAACAAACCAAAGAAAAAGGAAUAGGAAUGCAUUUAUUUAUUUAUAUUUUUAUUUUCACAAUUAAUUAGUUAACAUGAGUGGCCGACAAAUAAAUUUGGCAGGAUGUCCAUCAUAUUUUAUUACCCACGCGUAAUUGCUUGAAUUCUUUUAUUUAUUUUAAUCGAAUUGAUUCAACUAUACAGUUGACUAUAUUGAUGAAGCAAAUUAUGCAACAAACGCCCCUGUAGAUCAUUGGAAAGGGAAGUUCCAUCUUCCUCACAAUACUAUUAUCUCCUUCAAUUUCUAAGCUUUAAACAGUUAUUCUCUAUUUUCUAAAAUGGCUGCAGAUAUAAUUCUCUCCUCUAUUGCCAAAAUAAUAAUCGAGGAAUUGCGUAAAGUUGCUGUGAAACAGAUUGCCUCGUUAUGGGGUGUUGAUGACGACCUUCAGCAACUUGAAGGCACCAUUUCAAUUAUCAAUAGUGUACUUGCUGAUGCAGAAAGGAAGCAAGUGCAAAAUCAACAAAUCAAAACAUGGCUGGAGAGGCUUGAAGAUGCUGUUUAUGAAGUCGAUGACUUGGUGGACAAGAUCUCUACUGAAGCUUUACAACAGCAGGUGAUGACUGGGAAUAUAAUGGCUAAACAGGUACGGAUUUUCUGCUCAACUUCCAACCAGUUUGCUUUUCGUUACAAGAUGGGUCAAAAAAUAAGAUUUCUUCGGAGGAAGCUAGAUAAGAUUGCUGAUGAUAGGAUGAAGUUCCACUUAGAGACCGGUCUUCCACUAGACACUCAUGUAGUGACUGUAGAGCCGGAAGAACACUCAUAUGAACGGAAAGAAAAUGUUAUAGGUAGGGAUUACGAGCAAACAGAAAUCAUAAAACGUUUGUUUGAUAUGAAUAACGAGGAAAAUUUAGCUGUAAUUCCCAUAGUUGGUGUUGGAGGCUUAGGAAAAACCACACUUGCACGACUAGUUUACAACGAUGCAGAGGUGAGGAAGCACUUUGAGCUAGUAAUGUGGGUGAAUGUACCUAAGGUUUUUGAUGUGAAGUUAGUUGUCAAGGAAAUUAUGAAGCCUGAAGUAAGAGAUGAGAAAACAAUGGAUGAAUUGCAGCAAGAUCUUCGGCUAAAAAUAGGAGGAAAGCAAUUCCUCCUUGUACUUGAUGAUGUCUGGGAUAUUGAUAGUCGUGAAAAAUGGUUGAAAUUAGAAGAAUUGUUAAAAGAUGGUGCAAAUAGAAGUAGAAUAAUAGUAACCACUCGUGAUAAAAAGAUUGCACACGUUAUCAAUGGACGAGAGGAAAGAACUUACAACUUAGGCAUCUUAAAUGAUGAGAUGGCAUGGUGUUUGUUUACAAAAUUGGCUUUUGUGCAUCGACAAGAGCCAAAUGAUCCCAACCUUGUGGGAAUUGGUAAGGAUAUUGUGAAAAAAUGUGGAGGAAUUCCUCUAGUUAUAAGAACAAUUGCAAGUAUGUUAUAUUGUAAAAAUUUUGAAGAGUGGUCAUCUUUCAAAGGAAUGGAAUUAUCAGCAAUAGAUGAAUAUGAUAAGAAUAUCAUACCCAUACUUAAGUUGAGCUAUGAUCAUCUCCCAUCAUAUUUGAAACAUUGUUUUGGCUAUUGUAGCCUGUUUCCUAAAAAUUAUGUUUUUGAUGUGGAAAUACUAAUAAAUCUUUGGAUGGCUCAAGGAUUUAUUAAGUUAUCAAAUGAUCAUAACCAAAGUUUGGAGGAUAGUGGUUAUCAACAUUUUAAGAAUUUACUUUAUAGAUCCUUUUUUGAAGUAGUUGAAAUUGAUUAUCAUUCUUCGAAGGUAAUAAAAUGCAAGAUGCAUGAUUGUAUGCACGACCUUGCAACAUUAGUGAUGGGAACAAAAGGUGUUGUAUUAAGUUCAGAUGAUGAAAAAACUGAUGAAAGAACUCGUCAUGUAGCAUUCAAUGAUUUUUAUUUGGGUUCACUACAACAAGUUCAAGCUUUAUUGGUGAAUACAAAAAGGAUUCGAACAAUUUUUAAGCGUGAUAGAUAUUAUGAUUUAUCGUACAGGGUAUUGGAGGAAUCAAUUUUAAAAUGCAAGUUUUUACGCACUUUGGAUCUUCAAUAUUCAAGUCUUAAGAGAUUACCUGCUUCUAUUGAUAAGCUAAAGCAUCUCAGGUAUCUUGACCUGUCAAGGAAUGACAUGAAGGCUUUGCCCAAUUCUAUUACAAGGUUGCAAAAUUUGCAAACACUAAAUGUGUCCUAUUGUCAGAAUCUUCAAGAAAUACCAAGUGGCAUUACAAAAAUGUUCAACCUCCGACAUCUUCAUAUUGAAAGUUAUUCUGGUACCACUUUACAUGGUAUGCCAGGUGGCCUAGAUCAACUGACUAAUCUACAAAGGUUGUCAUUACUUCCACAAGGGGAUUUAUGGAACCAAUGGAUUCCAUUGAAUAACGAAUCCUUUAUCUUGCAUCAUAUAUCCAAUUGGAAAACUCUAGAUAUGAGGGGUAUUGAUGAUCUGCAACAUUUACCAGAUGGGUUGAAAAGCUUCACUUGUCUCCAGAAGCUGAGAAUUGAAAGAUGUUUAAAGUUGGAAUCUUUAUCGCCAGGCCUGAACCAUCUCACAUCACUUCUAAAUCUGAGUAUCAAAGGAUGUCCAGAGUUAGAAUCUAUAUUUCCAAGUCUUUACCAUCUCACCUCGCUUCAACGAUUGGAAAUUGGGUUUUGCGACAAGUUAGAGAUGUCAAAUGGUGGUAGUGAUGCAACAAUUCAGUGGCAACGCUUUGAAAGUCUUUCAGUUUUGAUAUUGAAGGGCCUUUCAAAACUAGUUGCUCUCUCUCAAUGGCUUCAACAACUCACUAGCCUCCAAGAAAUUCAAAUUAUUGAUUGCCCCAAAUUGAAGUUACUGCCUGAAUGGAUCGGUUCCCUAGAGACACUGGAAAUCAGAGAAUGUCCCAUCUUGUUGGAAAGAUGCCGAGAUGAUAUUGGGGAUUAUUGGCCUUUGAUUUGCAACAUCAAUCAGCUGAUUUUGUCUCCAGUUGGACGAGAAGCGGAGUUUUCACGCGAAGGGGUUGAUCUACAGGGAUAUCAAUCGAUUCCAAUGAAUAGCGAAUCCUUCUUCUACCAUUUAUCCAAUUUGAAAUUUCUGAACAUCUGCUAUAAUGGGGAUCUGCAGCAUCUACCGGAUGGGUUGAAAAGACUCACUUCUCUUGAGACGCUGGAUAUUGGAUAUUGUUCAAAGUUGCAAUCUUUAUCUCCAGGUCUUUACCAUCUCACGUCACUUAAACGAUUGUAUAUUUUUGGGAUUGCGAGGAGGUAGAGAUGCCAAAUGAUGAUGGUAGUGAUGCAAUUAUGUGGCAACACCUUCAAAGCCUCUCUGUGUUGUGGUUGUGGCGACUUCCGAAACUAGUUGCUCUGACUCAAGGGCUUCAACAACUUACUACUCUCCAACAAAUCAGUAUUAAUCGAUGUAAAAAUUUAGAGACUUUUCUGGAAAAUAUCAGCAACCUCAAAUCGCUGAAGCAAUUACAUAUUUGGAAUUGCCCAAAGUUGAAGUCGCUGCCUGAAGGAAUCGAUUGCCUCACCUCUUUAGAAACACUGGAAGUUGGAAGUUGUCCCACUUUAUUUGAACGUCAAGAUAUUUGGGAUUGCAAGGAGCUAGAGAUGCCAAAUCAUGACGGCAGUGAUGCAAUUAUGUGGCAACACCUUCAAAGCCUCUCGGCAUUGCGGUUGCGUGGACUUCCAAAACUAGUUGCUCUGCCUCAAGGGCUUCAACAACUUACUACUCUCCAAGAAAUCCAUAUUUCUGAAUGUGAAAAUUUGGAGGCUGUUCUGGAAAAUAUCAGCAACCUUAAAUCGCUGAAGAAAUUAUAUAUUUGGAAUUGCCCAAAGUUGAAGUCGCUGCCUGAAGGAAUCGAUUGCCUCACCUCUUUAGAAACACUGGAAGUUGGAAGUUGUCCCACUUUAUUUGAACGUCAAGAUAUUUGGGAUUGCAAGGAGCUAGAGAUGCCAAAUCAUGACGGCAGUGAUGCAAUUAUGUGGCAACACCUUCAAAGCCUCUCGGCAUUGCGGUUGCGUGGACUUCCAAAACUAGUUGCUCUGCCUCAAGGGCUUCAACAACUUACUACUCUCCAAGAAAUCCAUAUUUCUGAAUGUGAAAAUUUGGAGGCUGUUCUGGAAAAUAUCAGCAACCUUAAAUCGCUGAAGAAAUUAUAUAUUUGGAAUUGCCCAAAGUUGAAGUCGCUGCCUGAAGGAAUCGAUUGCCUCACCUCUUUAGAAACACUGGAUAUUGAAGGUUGUCCCAUUUUAUUGGAAAGAUGCAGAGAGGAUAAGGGCGACUAUUGGCCUAAGAUUUCCCACAUCAAACAGCUGAAGCUGAAGCCAAUAAAAGAAGAACACAAAACUGAUCCGCAAGAGGAAUCCAGCUCUUCUAAAACUCGUGGGCUCUUCAAUUGUGCGAAAAUUUUCAAGCAUUAAAAGAGGAAUCCAGCUCUUCAAAAACUUGUUGGCUUUUCAAUUGUGCAAAAGUUUUCAAGCAUUAAGGAGAAGGUGAUGGUUCUUUAUACCUUUGAAUUCCAGGAGGCUAGUGUUGAUGUUAGCAUGAGUGGUGCAGAGAGGAGGGAGCUGAAUGAGAGAGGAGAAGUAGGUUGGGACUGGAGUGAUGAUUCAGAAUGAGAAAGCAGAGCUGAUGGAACUGCACUUCGCAAAACCUUUUGAUAUUUAGCAUAGUUACUCUAAGGUGGCAGUUUUGGGGGUUCUGAAUUCGUGGCAAUACAAUGUUUCUUAGUUGAAGAUAUCAAGUUGAAACUGAGGACCUUGGUUUUCCAAAUAAAGAGGUGAUAAAUAUGUCUGUACAUUUCCUACUUUUCUCUGCCAAGAACAUGCAUUUGUGCAUACCUUUGCAAUUUGUUUGUUCAAUCCCCGGUUUAUAAUUUUUGUAGUUUUCUCUCAUUUAUUUUGGUUAUGUUUGGAAAACUAAUCACUGGUUCUGAAUCAUUUAUGAUGCAGAGUAGCUUUUCCCUCA